GAAAAUGAUACAAUUAUUAGGAGAAUACCUAAGAGUAUACUUAAACGUAUGGAAGAUCAAAAUAUGGAAUAUACAAAGAAAAACAAUAUUGAUCAUAAAUUAGAAAGAUUAAGAGAAUUGUUUAUAAAUGCAGAUAAAAAUACACAUGAAACGUUGAAAUGUAAUGUAGAUGAAAAAAUAUGGACAUUUCUCUUGUCAUAUCAUAUUAAUAAGAAUAUGAAAAUUAUUGACAGUUCUUGGUUAUUUAAUGAAUAUUAUUUUUAUAGAUAUCUUUGUUGUGCAUAUGAUUUUGAAAAAACGAAUUAUGAUUUUUUUCAAUAUGAAAAACAAGAUUCUAUAAACUGUAAUAAAGUUAUAAUAGAAAAUAUAUGUACCUGUGCAAAAACAUUAAUUGAAUUAUAUGAUAAAAAUCAAGAAAAGAAAAUUUUUUCCGUUUUUUUUUAUUAUGCUUUAUGGGCUAACCAAUUUGAUCUUAGUUGGAAUCCAACGAAAAAUAAAACUCAACAACAUAAUGUUCAGGAAAAAGAUAUAAAGAAAAAAACAUUAAGAGAAAAACAAUUUUGUUUUGAUACAAAUGAUAUUGAUAAGUUAUACAAUAGUUUUUAUAUGGAAAAUAUUUUAUGUAAUGACAUAAAUGAUAUUUAUAAGGAUAUAACUGUGCAGAAACACAAAAGAUUUGAUAUCGUGUUGGACAAUAUGGGAGUAGAAUUUAUAACAGAUUUUUGUCUUUUAUAUUUUUUGACACAUUACUUUGAGGAGAUAACCAUCCAUGUGAAAAAGUUCCCUUUAUUUGUCUCUGAUACGAUGACAAAAGAUAUUCAUUAUACUUUAAAUGUUUUGUGUAAUGAUGAAAAGUAUCCAAAUACUAAGUUUAUGGCCAAUAAAUGGAAAGAAUUAAUAGAAUUGCAAAAAUGGAAAAUAAGGGAUGAUAUAUAUUGGAACAUACCUCUUCCGUACUGGGUAAUGUCUAAAAACUUGUUGAAAGAAUUAGAAAAAAGUUCUUUCGUAUGCUUUAAAGGAGAUGCAAACUAUAGAAGAUGUUUAGGUGAUUUAAGCUACGACUUUUCUACAUCACACAAAGAUAUUUUGAAUUAUUUUCCUUUCAAAGUUAUUGCCUUACGAUGUUUAAAAUCGCCUCUGGGUUGUGGAAUUGAUGAAAAAACUGUUCAAGAGUUGAAUCAAAAUAAUCCUGAUUGGAGUAAUUAUGGAGAAUAUGCUAUUUUACAAUAUAAUUCUCCAGAAUAA